GCGGCAGCGCGGGUUCUUGCUAGCGAUCCGUAGCUAACGGCUGUAUGGAGUCAAGUUGUGUUAAUUGAACUAAAAUCUCGUUAAAGCAGCUAAAGUUUUCCUGUGAAAACAAAGAGCGAGUCAGGCGGGGAGACUGCGCGCUUGGAUCGACGUUUGAAGCGAGAAAACGGCGGAAAGUUUGGGCGGUAGAGGAGAAGGUUGCUAGCAGCAGGUCUGGAGAGGAAACCUGAGGCGCCUUGCUGGUAAUAUCCAAUACCUGCACACGAGGACUGAGAGGCAGAAGUCAUGAGCAUCUGCCAAUCAGAAAAACUGCCACAAUGUCUGAAAUUCCUGAACUUCCCACAAGAGGAUCGGAUGUAAACGUUGUUGUAACCAGAGUUCAUUUGCAUCCCUUAUGUGCGCUGGUGGAGUUCUGGGGAAAGUUUAGCCAGCAGAGAGCAAUAGAUUAUGAGAUUCUGGCUGAGGAAAUUCAGUCCCAUGGAGCCCCAUUUAAAGAUCUGGAGGGAAAUCCUGGUGACCAGUGUUUAGUUCAAGUGGACACUACUUGGUACAGAGCACGCAUUGUGUCAAGAGAUGGCUCCAAAUACAGCGUCUUCCUCAUCGACAGAGGCAUGACGUACACUGCCACCACAAGCAAGCUAGCAUGGGGUAAAAAGGAACAUUUCCUCCUGCACCCUGAAGUGGAGUUAUGCAUACUAGCUAAUGUGUUACCACGUUCGUCUGAGAAUAGAUGGUCCCCAGUGGCUCUCGAAUUCCUGAAAUCGUUUACUGGAAAGUUGGUGGAUGCACAUGUGCAAGACGUGCUGGUUCCAGACAGAAUGUUUCUUCUGGACAUCCCUUGCAUAUCCAAACAGAUGUGUGAGAUGGGAUUUGCCAAGAAGUUGGCUCCAGUAACCUUUAAGGACUUUCUGCUUAUGUCACUGAAAUCCGUUAGCGGAGCUGAAGUGCUGGCAGAGGUCCAGCAACAAUUUGUGGGAUCUGGAGAGCGGCUCCUGAAACAGGAACUAUUCAUGUACCCAGAGUUGUUACAGGGAACCGUGGAGACUGUCAUUGUUACCGAAGUAACAAAUCCUCAACAGAUUUUUUGCAUGUUGAAAGUUUUUUCUCACGAAAUUAAAAAGCUAACAGAGCAGAUUACUCAGGAUCUUGAGGAAAAAGUAUCCAGCUGCAUUAUAUGCCCUGACAUGGUUGGUUAUCCAUGUGCAGCCAAAGGAAGAGAUGGUAGGUGGUACCGCUCUGUGAUACAGCAGGUUUUCCCAGCAAAUAAAGUGGUGGAGGUGUUAAAUGUUGACUACGGAGCCAAGCAGUUUGUGCAGAUGGAAAAUGUGAGGCCACUGGCUCCAGAGUUCCUCAGGAUGCCAGUUAUCACCUACAUUUGCUCCCUCCAUGGAAUCCUUGACAAAGAAAUGGGAUGGACCAUUGGUGAAAUUGACUACCUCAAUUCACUCCUGCUCUACAAAACAAUGAUAGCCAAGUUUGAACGCCAAAGCAUCUCUGACAAAGUAUACCAUGUCACACUCUUUGAUGAUAACAAUAUAAACAUAAACGGCUUGUUUGGAUCCAAAGAAAACGUUCUCCUUAAGUGUGGGAAAGCAUGUGGAUAUUAUUCCCUGCCAAGUGUAGCUCUUAGCCCUCGGCCCUUAGCCCAGCCAGAGAGAAGAAUGUCACCUCUUGAGCAGUCUGUCGAACAGAAAAAGAUCACACUUUUAGAUAAGCUUCCUUUUGAAGAUCUUGCACUUAACUCUUCACAUCUGGCACUGGUGCAGCAUGUAUCCAGUCCAUCUGAGUUCUGGAUCCAAACCGAAAACUACAGAACAGAACUGGAAGAACUGUUGGAUAGCCUCUACCAGCUGUACCAGGAUUCAGCAAAUACCCACAUUGUGAAAAAUCCAGCUCCUGGGCUCUACUGUGUAGCUCAGGCUCAUGAUGGUGAAUAUUACAGAGCCACUGUGACAGAAGUCGGUGAGACGCAAAUCAAAGUGUUCUUUGUUGAUUAUGGCAACACAGAAGUGGUUGAGAAGAGUAAGAUCAAGAUCCUUUCUCCUGAGUUCAAAAGGAUGCCACAGCUGGGUCUGAAAUGUACCCUGGCCGGUGUCAGACCACAAGGCAGGAAAUGGAGUCAAAGUGCUUUAGAUUAUUUCGUCAGGGCCGUCACAGAUAAAACACUCGAGGUGCAUGUGGUAGGAAAAAGUAGUGAUGGCUAUGUUGUCACGCUAAGAGAUCCUAACACACAGGGUGAGCAAGAUGUUGGAGCACAGUUGUCCUGCAAUGGGCUCGCAGAAAGAACAGACGCUCGUAGAAAACCUAUAGUUGAAGUUGGGGUGAGGCCUUUGGACAUAUCUACAGCACAGCUGACUGGCUCGGGAGUCCCAGUGCAGAAGGAGGGGGAAAAGUCUGUAAAGCCUACGUUUGAUCUUCACAACAAUAAGAGAAGGGUUGACACUUUUAAGGAGCAAAUCUUUCCCAUCGGAAGUGUUCUUGAUGUCAAUGUCUCUUUCAUUGAUAGUCCAAAUGACUUCUGGUGCCAGCUGGUUCAGAGCUCUGGGCCUUUGAGAUUGCUUAUGCACAACAUGCAGGCCUAUUAUGCACACAGUGAGUUUGAGCCAGGAGUUGAUAUUACCUGUGUGGCCCGUCACCCUGAGGAUGGAAUGUGGUACAGAGCUUUAAUCAUUUACAAGCAUCAAACCCCUCAGGUGGAUGUAAUGUUUGUUGACUAUGGGCAGACUGCGACAGUUUCUCUCUUUGACCUAAGAACGAUAAAUUCAGACUUCCUAGCUCUUCCUGGUCAAGCAUUUCGAUGCAGUCUGUAUAACCCUGUCAGUCCAGCUUCUGCAAUAAACGAGUGGAAUUGCAAAGCAAAGGAACGGUUCCAGAGCUUUGCUCAAGGUGCGGCCUCCGACUUCAUCAUUUUGAAGUGCACCAUUUAUGCCUUCAUGUACACCGAGCAGAGGGUUCUUCACAACAUUGUGGAUCUAGAGACUCCGUUUGAGAGCAUCAGCACCAGUUUAGCCAACCUAGCCACAGGUAUUCCACCUAAUAAAGCCACUGGGACAUCUUUCCGUCUGGACACCUACUAUUAUUCAACACAUAACAUCAAAACUGGCACGGAUGAAGAAGUCACAGUGAUGUUCUCUAACAGCAUCAGCGAAUUCUACUGCCAUCUUGAUAAGAAUGCUGAUGUGAUGAAAAACCUCACAAUGAGGGUGAACUCCCUCUGCCAUCAGCUUGUGAAGGCAAAGGUUCCAGCGAUCUUUGGUACCUUGUGCUUUGCUAGAUACACUGAUGGACAAUGGUACAGGGCUCAGAUCAAAGGCACUACACCAAAACCUCUAGUUCACUUCGUGGAUUAUGGGGAUACUUUGGAGGUGGAGAAAUCUGACCUGCUUCCAGUCCCCAAAGAGGCCAAUGACAUCAUGUCUGUUCCCGUCCAAGCCGUCUUGUGUGCUCUGUCUGAUCUUCCUGCUGAUGUUCCCAGAGAAGUAAAUGAAUGGUUUGACAAAAAUGCAACAGAACAGCAAUUCCGUGCCUUGAUUGUGGCUAGAGAAGCUGAUGGCAAAUUACUGGUAGAGCUCUACCAUGGCAACACCCAGAUUAAUGCAAAGAUAAAGAAAACCUUUCAGAUUGAGAUGCAAGAAGAGCAGAUUGUCUACCGGAGUAGGAAGCUGUAUGAGACUGCAGCAAUGCGUGCACCAAAGAUGGAGAGGACUUUUUCAAACCAAGAAGUGGACAAUGGGGAGUUUGAUCAGACCCUGAAAAAGACCAACACCUCCACUCCAAAGCCUUCAAGCCAAAACAAGAUGGCUGGUCGGAAGCACUCAUCCGCUAACAGAGGCCUUUACACGCCUCCACAUCAAAGAAAACAUAACAGCGUGACUCUAAAUGGUUCUGGGGAUUGUAAUGCCAGAAUGAAACCCAGGAAAGAAAUUCUCCUCCCUGAAACUGAACAGUUAGUUUCCGAAUCAGACACAAAAUCCCAAGAGGAAAACGCAGCAGAGAAAAUCCCCAAGCUUUCAGACCUUCCCCCUAAAAGCAUCGCUUCUGGUACAGCUGUGGACGUUUAUGUGUCACAUUGCAACAGCCCUCUGAGCUUCUUUGUUCAGUACAUCAACAAAGAGGAUGAACUGUUUUCUUUGGUGGAGAAGUUGAAUGAACCAGAAUCAAUGUCAAAAGCCAACAUUAUUGAAGACGUGCAUCCAGGCGAUCUUCUUAAGGCAGAGUUUGUUGAUGAUGGGUCUUGGUACCGAGCAGUUGUUAAAGAAACUCAAGAGAAUGCAACAGCUCUUGUCGAGUUUAUAGACUUUGGAAACACAGCAGUUAUUCCCUUUUCCAAAAUGGAAAAACUCCCCAAGUCUCAUCUGCUCUUGCCAGCUUAUAGCACACACUGCAUGCUGAGUGAUGCUGCAGUUCUUGGACAAGAGAAGGCCCUGGACCCGAACGUCAUGGCUGCCUUUAAAGAAGACAUCGGUACCUGUGGAGAGAAGGUGUUUAAGUGUUUGUUCAUCAGGCAAGUGAGAUCUGUGUGGGAGGUUAGGCUGGAGGACAGUGGCAUGGACAUUGUGUGUAAAUUAUCAACGCAGGACACUGAGACGACGAAAAAGAAACCAGUGAAUGAGCAGGAAACGCAGCUUGUUGAUCAGAGUCAAGAGAAAAAUGAGUCUGAAACACCAGCACUGCUCCCUUGCACUCCGGGCUACCCAUUUCAUAAAGAGAUGCUAGUAGGCCAGCAGCUAGAGGUCUACAUCAUGAGUGUCAACGAAGAUUCAACCUUUUGGUGUCAAUCUGCUGAUUCCCAGGAACUCUCUAAGGUAACGUCAGAUGUAUCAGAGGUUUGGGAUACAGCCGAUACAUACUCUACUCCAAAUGCUCUUUCUCUUGGAAUGUCAUGUCUUGCUUUAUUUGCUGAUGAUCAGCUUUGGUACCGUGCUGAAGUUGUUGAUAAAAAUGAAGAUAAAGUUUCUGUCCUUUUUGUGGACUAUGGUAACACGUCACAGGUCAGCAUCAAGGAUAUCAGAGCGAUGCCACCUGCCCUACUGGAAGUUCCACCCCAGGCAUUCCUAUGCGAGCUCGAAGGUUUUGACUCGUCAAUCGGAUCUUGGAGCGAUGGAGCCGCAAAUGAAUUGUUCUCAAUUACAGAAGACAAGUUGUUACGGCUCACUGUCACCAGAGUGAGAAGAACAAAAGGGAAACUGAAGUGUGUGGUAGAGUUGGAGUCUGAAGGCCAGGCAAUAAACAGAGCCAUGCAGUCCUGCUGGAAGUGUUUCACACCAGCAGAUGUGCCGGAUUCAGGCAGAUCAACUGUGUCAAUUAGACCACAACAGCAACUUGACUCAACCAACUCUGUAGAGGAUGAUCUUGAUGUGCUAGUUGCUAGUAAUGCUGCUUGCACAGAACACAGCCUUGAGGAUGUUGGAGCCUUUCCUCAGGGGAUUUCAGUCUUAGAGUUGGUCAGUAGUCCAAAAUGCAGUCGGUGUUCUGAAGACUCCAACGAAGAGCAGGAUUCCAGUGAAGGAGCCAGCAUCCUCCCUGCUGCCACCAUGCCUCCUAAAGACGAUUUACCCUCUGAUAGUGGCAUAGAGGAAGCCUUGCAGGUUUCACUUGAACUCAGAGAUGACCAAGAUGUUCUGGGCUCAAUGGUCACUGAGCAAGAUGCAGAGGAGGAAGAUGUCUCAGUGUUUCAAGCUGAAAAGCCAGAUGAUGAAUCUAUGCAGAGGGCCGAGGCUGAAGAGGGUCCAGAUGACCUGGAGACCGAAACUGGUGAUGAAGGAACGGAUUUUACUUCCACCUGCAGCUUGGACAUGGAUCCUGUUAAUGCUGUGCUGACUGGGGAAGAAAAUGCUGCUACCUUACAGGCUGACUCAAUGAUCUGUGCAUCAGAAUCAAAUAUGGAUAGUCAGGAAGAUGUUCUCAGAAAGACGGGAGAUCCAAUAUUGGAAUCAUCAAAAGAGGCUCAACCAGUUCCCUCCUCACUAACAGUUGCAGUGCAGUUGCAUGAGCAGGACAUUGAGGCUGGAGAUGAGACCCUACACGAGGAGCAGAUGUGUGGUUCCACAGAUGUCAAGAGUGACCUGACAGGUGAAGGGGCUGGUUCUGCUCAGCAUUUGGACAAAGGACCAGAGCUGCUAAAUCAAACUGCAGCAAGCAUAAGUGAGGAACAAACCUGCACGGCUCGCUCUGCAGAAAGGGAUGAGGAUCCAGAUUAUUUGGCCUGCUCCUUGGAGGAGACCUGUCCAAAAGGUGAUUCAAUCUGCGAUGAAAAGAUAAGUGAAAUAACAGACCACCUGAGCCAUGUGAUGGAACAGGAAAUAACACCUGUUGUCUCUGUUUCUGAAACAGAUGUUUGUCCAUUAAGAGAAGAUUAUGUGUGUGAUGGAAGAGAACCAGCUGAAGAGUCAGAUGAGGUCCAGGAAGAAUCCUCUGGUGAGUAAUAACUCUAAUCGCAAUGAUAAAUGAUAGUUAAGGCCACGUAAACAAGAGGGCUAAUCUGUUAGGCAAUU